ACUGGGACGCUACCUUCCCCCGUAUCGAGGCUGCUUCAAUGAGCGGAGGAGGACGACACAUAGUGUUCAAGGACAUGGAGAUAGGAGCCUGGCCCAACGGACUAACUCUGGAUCAUCUGGAGAAGAGAAUCGUCUGGACUGAUGCUCGGUAGUUCACUCACACAUUAUAAUAUUUUAUGUAACCUUUAUUAACUUAUAAACUUUACAAGUCAAUUAAGAACAGAUUCUUAUUUACAUUGACAACCUAUCAGGAUAGGAGCACAGCAGUGAUUAACAUUAAGCUGCAAUGAUGCCUAUUUGGAUACACAUAUGGUAUAAGUAUGAACAGCAUGUUAUCUUCUUUGCCUCAUCUCCAAUAGGGACAGGUUGGUUGAUUGUAAAUGGUAGUUCAGUUACAGCGAACAGAAGGCCAAUUUAUCUAAAUGUGCCGUAACCACAGAAAGACAUGUUUAUGAUGAGAAAAUAUCACUUGUAAACCUCCCCUUCUAUCGUCAGAAUAAGCAUUAAGAUCUACAUUCUACAGCAUUCCCAAAAAAUAUUACUGACAAAAACACCUGAUGACAUCCUUGGUGAAACGCCUUCCUCACUAUUUGGGAACUUCAUUGAAUUUUUAUUUAAAAGUGUACAAAGUAAAUAAGGAUCUGCAAUGUAUGCUACCAUGGCAACCUUACCUGGCUAGUCUUUUUAAUCUAUAGACAUUCACCUUCCUUACUCUCUUUUGACAUACAAUACAUUAAAUCAAGAGUAAGUAUACCAAGUGAAUGAGCAGCUGCAAUGUACUGUUCAGUACUCCAAUGGCAUAGCUAGUCUGUUUACUGUAUAUAGACCGGCAGCUUCAUGAUGACAUCCAUACCACAGUGUCUCUUUCCUCUAACAGCUCUGAUGCCAUCUAUGCUGCAAUGUAUUGUACUUCCAUGGUUACUCUACCUGCAGCUGCAGCUAGUGAGUGGAACGAGCUGCAAAAAACACUCAAACUGGACAGUUUUAUCUCCAUCUCUUCAUUCAAAGACUCAAUCAUGGACACUCUUACUGACAGUUGUGGCUGAUUCGCGUGAUAUAUUGUUGUCUUUACCUUCAGGCCCUUUGUGCUGUUGUCUGUGCCCAAUGUUUGUACCAUGUUUUGUGCUGCUACCAUGUUGUGCUGCUGCCAUAUUGUGUUGCUACCAUGUUGUUGUCAUGUUGUGUUGCUCCCAUGCUAUGUUGUUGUCUUAGGUCUCUCUUUAUGUAGUGUUGUGGUGUCACUCUUGUUGUGAUGCGUGUUUUGUCCUAUAUUUUUAUUUUAUUUGUUAUUUGUAAUCCUAGCCCCCGUCCCCGCUGGAGGCCUUUUGCCUUUUGGUAGGCCGUCAUUGUAAAUAAGAAAUUGUUCUUAACUGACUUGCCUAGUUAAAUAAAGGUUAAAUAAAAACAACAAAUAAAAAUACUGCAUCUCUUUCUCUAUACAAUCUCAUGACAUCCAGAUAAUGUCUUCUCCCUCUAACAGCUCAGAUGCCAUCUUAUCUGAGCUGUAUGUUAUCUACCUGGCUAGUCUGUUUACUGUAUGAAGGCAGUCUAACCUAUCAUGUCUCCGAUGCCACUUACUCUGACUAGUCUGCUUACUGUAUAGAGUCACCCUCACCUACUAUAUCAUAUCUUCAUCCUCUCACAGCUCUGAUGCCAUCUACUCAGCGCUGUAUGACGGCAGUGGGGUCAUAGAGAUCCUGAGGGGACAUGAGUACCUGUCACACCCCUUCGCCGUGUCCCUGUUCGGGGGCAGUGUCUACUGGACAGACUGGAGGACUAACAGCCUGGCCAGGGCCAACAAGUGGACAGGCCGUAACGUCACAGUGAUCCAGAAGACCAGCGCUCAGCCCUUUGACCUACAGAUUUUCCACCCCAGCAGACAGCCACAA